UCUCAACAUCGACAUCGCGAACCUCAAUUGAUUUACGCGCGGGCAUCUCCACUGUCGCGCAUUGUGGUGAAAGAAGACUUCUGAAACAUAACGUCGUAGCUUCAAGCGACACAACACCUCUUUAGGAGCCUCCGAAUCCAUCGCGUCGACGCGCUUCCAGCGCAGAAGCAACUGCACAACACCGCCAUUAUGCCUUGCAAGACUAGGAACAUGGACUCGGAAGAGAGGGCCGCUGCGGCUCACGAGCUCGAAAUGAAACAUCAGCAACACAUCCACAAAGCACAGCUCAUUGUCAAGGAGGAAGACACGCGGAGACAGAAGGUCACCAAACAAGUUCUUCUUGACGAGAACGCGACAUUACGCGAAAAGCUUGCCGAAAGGGAAGCGCAAGUCAAUCAGUUGUCCGAAAAGUUCGACCAAACGCGCAGUGACUUGGAAUCAUUAAAGGCGACAAAUCGCGACCAGGAUACGCAGCUUAAGGCUCAGAAGAGGGAAUUUGGUCACAUCAAGGCCGAACUCGAAUCCCUCAACAGCCUGUCUCAAGAUUCUACGAAAGUCCUUGCAGAGAAGCUUACCCUCUCUCGGGAGGUGAACGCCAUGAAACCUGAACUGGAGCAUCUGCGGUCACAAGUCGCCCACCAGCAACAUGUCAUCGCCGAGAAACUGGAGUUAGAGCGUCAGCUGAAUAUGGCUGAAGUAGAGUUGGCUGCCGAAAAACGAGCACGGGAACAGCAGACUGCACAAGCGGAGGGCGACAAAUCGACCGAAGAUGAAUUGCGGCGCAGGCUCAAGGACGUCGAGAAGAAGCUGACGACGGAGAAGCGUGAAAAGGAACAUUUGCAGGAAGAGCUUGAGGCUGCCGUCUCAGCCGCAAAGGCUGGACAAGAGAACAAGAAGGCGGAACGCGAGUUGACUCAGAAGAUCCAAGAGAUGGAGCAGGUGCUUUCAGUCGAGAGACGAGAGCGGGAAAGGCUACGAAAAGAGCAUGAGAUGGCUCUGUCUGAGGCCCAAACGCAAAACGAGAUGCUCGAACAGCGCCUAGAUACGGUUAAGUCCAAGUUGCGCAACGCUCAGGAUGAGUUGAAGGCCGUUCGUGCGGAGUUGGUUGCUAGACCAGCAGCGAUACCAAGUGCACAGCUUCCUGCGCGUGCCGGAGGCGCAAAGGCGCAGGCCGGCAAGAAGCGCAGAGUCGAAGAGGUCACCAUGAACGACAUGAGCCUUGGCACGCCAGAAGACAUCACUCGCGGCAGGCGCCCUGCUAAGAAGAAGGGUCUUGAGCAGACGAUGUUGGGCGAGAAGUCACUGUUCUCCAUUACUCCUUUCUUGGCCAAGUCUAAGACGCUCAAUGUCGAGGAUGCCGUCGCCGAAGAGGACGAGGAAGCUGAUGUCAGCUAUAUCCCUCUGUCUCACCAGUCUCACUCCCAAGAGGUCGAGAUCGAUACUAGGACCGAGGUCGAGAUUGCAGAUGCGCCGGCACAGUUGGAGGAGGUCGAAGGGCAGGAAGAGUCCGCAGAUAAGCCUGCUCCCACCAAGACAACGAAAGCAAAGCCGAAAUCCAAGAAUGAUGGUGAAGCGAAGAAGCCCCGUGGCCGACCAAAGAAGGCCUUGACGGAAACAUCGCCAAAUAUGCCUGUGCAGGGGGUCUCGGCUGCGGCUGACAAACCUCACAUUCCGUCGAGUGCUCCUCUUGAGCAGGUGCUGGAGGAGCCUCACUCUGAAGAGCCAGAGAAUCUGGUUCCCGCAAAGGUUCCCGCUGCUAGCAAGAGCGAACAAGAAGUCAAGAAGAAGAAGCGCAAGUUGGGCGGUGAAACGGCAACACUCUUCGAUGAUGACGACGGCGAAGCGCCUCCCGCUGCUACCAAGCGGCCUGGCAAGGUUGGCAUGGGUGCCGGCAGAGCUCUCGGCAAGACUCAUCUUAGCAUGGUGAGGAACGCUGGCGCUUUUGGCAAGAAGUCAUUCUCGCCGCUCAAGAAAGACAGAAGGGGAGUCGGUGCCAGCUUCCUGGCGUGAGUGGUUUUGAAUCAUUUUGCUUUCAAGCGAAGAAUGCUUUUCCUUGAAAUUUCAGCUCAACGGGAGGAGUCAAAAGGGGCAAUGCAUCGGCGGCGUUUUCGGUCGGUUGUUUUUACGUUCAGGGCUGGCUGGUUGGUGAGGUUCUUGUACAGAUAAAGUAGGGUUUUCUAAGCACCCAAUUGAG